AUGCGUGGGAGGGUGGAGACGAGAGAGAUGACCGUGGGAGCUGGGAGCUUCGUGGGUCCAGCUUCUCUUAAGAUGGAGCCGCGCUCUUCACGUAUCACGCCGGGCUACGAGCGGCUGCCCGCCCACCAAGUUCACGAGUGGAACUCCAGGUUGGUGUCGACCGUGCACGCUCUGAUCGUGGGGCUGUUCUGUCUGUACAUCCUGUGGUUUGAUGACGCCGUCAACGCAAACCCCGUCUGGGGGGACCCCAGUCUCGUCAAGCUAAACGUGGCCAUAACCUGCGGCUACCUUCUUUACGACCUCGUGCUGCUGGCCUGUAACUGGAGCACUAUGGGCGACGGCUUCUUCGUCUGUCACCACUUGGCGGCGCUCUACGCAUACGGAUACGUGCUGACGCGCGGCGUGCUUCCCUACUUUGCCAACUUCCGCCUCAUUUCGGAGCUGUCCACGCCGUUUGUGAACCAAAGGUGGUUCUUCGAGUCGCUGAAGUACCCGCGCUCGCACCGCCUGGUGGUGCUGAACGGCAUGGCGAUGGCGGUGGUGUUCUUCCUGGUGCGCACGGCCGUCAUGCCGUCGUACUGGGCCAGCGUCUUCGCCACCUUCGGCACGGAGGAGUUUGAGCGGCUGGGCCGCGGCGCCCAGGUGGCGUGGAUCACGUCGUGCAUCGCCCUGGACAUCUUGAACAUGAUCUGGAUGUACAAGAUCGGCCGCGGCUGCUACAAGGUGAUGACCGGGAGAGGCGGCCGGAAGCCCAGGGACGGAGCGGAGACGGAGGCGACGUCGGGCGGGAAGCACGUCCACAACCACGCGGACUAAAGCGGCGUAGAGCGAUGGCUGUGCAGACACGGACGCGAGCGGGGGAGGCGAGACGAGACCGGACGCCCGGGGACAACCCCUCGCCGCCUCCCUCCCGUUGCUCCCCGCACACACCCUCCAAUCCACUAACCUCAGCCCC